AUGCCUCCUCGACCCUUGCGAUCUCGACUGAAGAAGAGGGCACAUUUGUUCCGGGCUUCAAUCCCUAGGCCCAGUGCACCAGCAGUCGACAGUGGUGGACAUAAUGCAUUAGGUAUACAGGCAGGAAACCAUGGAGAUCAGCCAUCAGAUACAAGUAUACAGUUUAACGCUAUGAUUAAUGGCGAUACUAGUGAUGACUAUGAUAAUGACUAUGACACAAUUGGCAGCAACAGCGAUUCCGAUAUCGACAUGCCCCUGCCCCAACCCCAAGAUCUCCAGGAAAUCACCGAGAAAGCAAUCCAGGAUCUUUCAGGCCACAUUCCUGUGGAUGAUCCUGCCACGACAGUUCCAUAUGCUGACACUGCCAGAAACGACGUCUUUGUGCUAGAGAUCCCUAUAGAGGACUUCCUUCCUGAUGACUUGAGGAUGCCCCCUCCCCCCGUUCCAGCCGCCGCUGAACACGCUUCCAUCCUCGGCGAAGAUGAUUCUGAGCUUGUCCAGCACAACCGAUCAUCACAGCCAUUCAGCCCAUACCUGGCGUUCAUGGCCAUGUGGGCCGAAAGUACAAUCUGUCCUGGCAGGCCUAUCAAGAUCUUAAUGAGGGAUUACCUCUCGGACAAGAUCUUAAUAUCAAAGCAGUAG